UGCGCGCUUACACAAUGACAGUUUCCGUCAUUUUGACUUGCAAAUCGUUACCGCGUUGAGCGAGCGUGUUUUUUUCCAUUUUUAUCUCAAAUGUCAAUUUCAUAAUUUAAAACUUCCGAUCCUUAUCGAUUACAACAUCAGAUAAAGAAAUAGAUACUUUUUGAGAUCGGUACAAGUUGUACUCGCUCCACUUAAACUCCGAACUUCCAGCUCGAGGCCCAGCAGAGAGCUCCAGCAGCAGCUGAAAAGUUUGUUGUUGUCACGUGAUGUGAGGCGAAUGUGGCGAUAAAAGUUUGCUUAGAUAGUAAAAGCCGGUGGCGUACUUUCAUAUUAAAACACCUGGAACACAACAUUGACCAAAAUGCCCCAACCGAAACAUCGAAAGAUUGCUGUUAUAGGUUACAGAUCUGUAGGAAAGUCAUCUCUUACAAUACAGUUUGUGGAAGGACAGUUUGUGGACUCCUAUGACCCCACCAUCGAAAACACUUUUAACAAACUAGUCAGCGUGAAUGGUCAAGACUUCAAUCUUCAACUGGUUGACACAGCUGGACAAGAUGAGUACUCGAUUUUUCACCAGUCACACUCAAUGGACAUCCAUGGUUAUGUCCUAGUCUAUUCAGUGACUUCCAGUAAAAGUUUUGAAGUUGUGCAGGUUCUACAUGACAAGCUGCUAGACAUGGUUGGAAAGAUUCAGGUGCCAACUGUUCUUGUAGGGAACAAAAAAGAUCUCCACAUGGAAAGGGUCAUCAAGGCAGAGGAGGGAAAGAUCCUUGCUGAUUCCUGGGGUGCUGCAUUUAUGGAGUCCUCAGCCAAAGAGAAUGAGACGGCUGUGGAGGUUUUCAAGCGGAUCAUUUUGGAGAUGGAGAAAGCGGAUGGAAAUGGACCCCCGGAGGAGAAGAAGUGUGCUGUGAUGUAAAUGUGUAUCCAGGACAUCAGAAAAGCUAAAUUGCUGAAGACAGGAGCCAAAACUUCACCAGCUCGCCAAUCGAGAUCUCACCGACACCGUAGAAGCCGCAGUGGAAUCUUUCUGCUGAAAUGUGAUAUCUUAUUGAUUUACAUAGCGAUUCAACUGCCCGGCCAGUUGGUAAACUGUGCCAUCAAUUGUAACCAAAGGCAAGAAGUUUCCAAGAGCAAGAUUUGUUUUUGAAAAAGAGUCACAGUUAGUGAAUUCUUUAAAUAUUGAAACAUUAUCUAUAACUUGGCUAAAUCUUGACUUUGAUCCAACUGCUAAGAAAACAUGAUACUAUCAAACAAAUUGGUCCAGAUCCAUUACAUUUUUUCUUUGUGAAAAUAUAUAAGUAACUAUUUUUAAAUCUGAUGUUGGAGACAUCAUUGGCUUAACUCAUAACUCUUUGGGUAGUUUAGUUAAUGUACAUGCAGGCCUGGUUAACCUUAUUAAGGACUGGUAUUAUUUCAACAGUGAUGGAGAGUCAAAAUUCACAUUGCUUUAAAUGUGUUAAAAUGUCAGUACCCCUCACAAAACGGUAGAUUUCUUUGAACAACCUUGAAUGAGAUUUUACUCAAGACGUGUCACUGUUUCCAUAGUUCUUCUCUCUGUAAUUCUGAUCAACUCUUCGGGUACCUUUUCACCAAUGAACUUCCAAGCUGCGUCUUUGCAAUGUAGGAAUCUGUAAAUCCAACUCACAUUUUCAGUUCUUCUGCUAAGCAGAUUUGGCUAAUCCUCUGUUUAUACAGUUCAAUGUCUCCUUAUUCACUGUAAUAAAGAUGUUAUCUUAUGGACAGACCUCAGAUAAAUUUAGUAUAGCUUGAAAUAGAUCUUUGAUAUUUACCAGUUAUGGCCUUUUUAUACAAUUAAAUUUAGAAUCUUAGAGAAUGGUUUGAUACUGUUGGUUAUAUUUUGCAUGGUGAAAGGUUGCGCUCCCGUCAAUAUCCUUAUUAUAUUCCUAAAAAUGCAAUAUAGUCAAGAACAUUGUUGAGUUGCAAUUUUGUGAUUGCAUUUUAUCACUGCACCAAGGCCAUUUAAGUGGGUGGAGGCUACAGAGUUAGCUUAGUAAUCGCAUUUUGAUGUGAUGGGUUAUGCAGGCUUGAUAUAACCAAGCCAGGAUGGCAUGCAGUCCAUUUCAUUCUUAUGGUGGACUUUCGUGCACACUGUCAGAAGCUAGAGAUCCUCAAUGUCUUGUUUUUUCUAGAUCCAGUACCCUUACAAAGAUGUGACACAAUGUGGAUUUCCCCUCAUAACCCUCAUGUUGUGCUUGUGGGUAAUUGUAACUUUUAUCACGUGCUUGGCUCAGUAAGUAGUUGAUUGAUUGAUGAUGGUUGAACAGAAGCUGGUGACGCUGUGUCUGGUGCCUUACAGUUCCUCAAACUCCCUCAUCUGCUGCCCUCCAUGACUGAAGGUGCUCUUAAAGUUAUUUUUUUUUCUUUCUUGUUUCUUUCAUUCUCCUUCUGUUGACUUGAUACCGUUGUGCAGGUGUGCACCUGAACACCAAUAUGCUCUUGUGGGUCAUGUUAAUUCACAGAUCUUGCUGUAAACAGUUUUGUAUAUAAAUAAAUCUGUUACUCAUUUGA